AUCAACGUAGCCGAUAAUUGAAAAGCAUCUGCUUAUUCACGCGAAUCGUCCUUUCGAAAGCUUUUCCAUUAUCGAACAAAACGCGUCCAAAGAGAUCUAUCGUCGUUCGUUUCCUUUUCGAUCUCGUUUUGGUCUCGGAAGAUCGCUGUCGUCGUUCUGACGUAAGCGAGACGAGACAUCCGAUCGACGAUUCGGGCUCGUGCAACACGAUUUUCCGUGUACGUAUAACGCUAAGAGAGAAUCGCGUACGACGUAGACGACUACGUCGAGAAUCGAGCAGCAGUGGCGUAUAACGCGGUGCUCUCGAAAUAGCACCGCCUUAAUUCCCCGCUACCCCGUCCGUCUUUCUAUGACGCCUUUUCGGGUCGCGCUUAGUUACCACCUCUCGAGGGGAGAGCUGGCACGACCCAGUCGUAAGCAACGCGAUAAAGCAACGACAUGUGCGCCGAUCAACCGCGGAUCGUCUGCUCGAUAUACGACGCGUGUGCCCGUCCGCGGGACAUUCCUCGAUAAUUUUCAUACCUGUCCAACACCGGAAACCAGAGGACUAUGACCUGAAUCAUCAAGACUGACUCCCCUAUCCGGCCAGUCGUGAUCACCGAUUUCGAAUCGGACGCAACUUUUACUACGAAUCCUUACCGAGAAGACUGACCGACGCGACGUCUGUGUUCCAUGAAGAAUAAAAGAAGAUUACCUGCGAAUUUUGAGAGGCUCGAAAGAAUAGAGAACUUGAAAGUUGAAACAGACCGACGGAAAUAGAAAAUACUUUGCACGUUCGUUAAUUCUUCGAAGAAACGUGCAUUUAUUUUAGACUGGCUAGUAUUAAUUUUUAUUUCGACCAAGAUCGUGGAUGACGUAUUCGUCAGCUGAACCGACUGAUCGUACCGGAGAGAAUCGUCUGCUUCCAGGUAUAUUUGCUCCGCCACGUUGCUCUACGUUGCUCCAUAUUUAUAUCGUGCUAAUUAUACCUUGCUCCUACUGGCCUAUGGUUUUGUCACCUUUACGAGUUAGCAGCUGCUUGCGUGAUUCGAUGGUUCAAAGUUCGUCUUUCCUGCUGUGUAACCGUCCUAGAGAGACCGAUCUGUUGAUCGCGACGUUGAUAUCGUAUCGAUCCGAUACGAAGGGACUCGAUCGAAGGUGAAACCAUCACGGUGUACAACGACCGACUGUCGUACAGUUCUUUCUUUAUACGAAACGCAGAAACGAUACAAGAGUUUCCGAAAUCGUUUCGAAUGCAGUAAGACACGGCUGUUCUGAAAAUAGACCCGGGGUAGAGACGCAGUAUCGCAGAAUCGCCGUCUGUUCCGCGAACAACUAUGCGAUAUAUACGUACGGAUUUGUGAAAUCCCGCUCUGAAAAUAUACUCUCGAUAAAGUUGCGUUUUAAUCACUUUUCUGAAACAGUUGCGUAACCUGUUCGCUUGAAUUCAGAAAAGAAAAAGAAUCUGUGAGAAGGAACGAAGAGGAAUUUGUCGAGGCGCUUUCCAUCUCUCGCGAAGUAACCCUAUUCGCUUAAAUUCGGAAGAGAAAAAGAAGAAAAGCAAACGGAUUAUAAUCGGUGAGAAGGAACGAAGAGGAAUUUGUCGAGGCGCUUUCCAUCUCUCGCGAAGUAACCCUAUUCGCUUAAAUUCGGAAGAGAAAAAGAAGAAAAGCAGACGGAUUAUAAUCGGUGAGAAGGAACGAAGAGGAAUUCACCGAGGAGCUUUCCAUCUCUCGCGAAGAGAUCGAAGGAUUUGAAUCCGAUGAGCCGGGGAACGAUAGCCGGGAAAGAAGGUCGGAUUCUCUUCGCCACGGAGGGAAGAAACAAUUGGCCGAAUGCUUUUUUGCUACGGUAUCGUUUGAACGAGCGGAGCGACGAUGUUUUGCGCUGGAUCACAGCGUGGAGAAGGCUGAGGAAAAAGUUACGACAUGUAUGGCCGGCAAGGCAACUCGAUUAACUCGCAACCACCGCCAUGGCUGGUGCGCGCAGAAGUCACGAUUCAUCACGGUGCACCGGUUACCUCGGAAUCCGGUCAGGUACCAGUAAGUAUGUCCUCGACCGUCACGGAUUCGAACGGCGUUCGUAUGAUAUACCGAUGGAACACCGACCAAUCGUCACCGUCUACGGUUCCAGCCACCGCGUCGAUCCCGUCCGCUUCGUCGUCGAGUUCGUUCGGUUUCCAACGAGGGAACAUACUCUUCACCUCGACCCCGCCACCCAGACCGACGCCCAGAUCGUUCACGAUCCCGAGAUCGUCGGGUCUGUCGGAGAACGAGUCGUCGUCCCGAGGACGAGGAGCGAACGUGUCCGAUUCCGGCUACAACAGCGAGCAAUUCUCCUCGCAGUCUUACUCGAGCCUGCCUUCCCGUCGACCAUCGCAACAGUACAAUCGUCGAUGCCGAAGCACCUGCAGCAUCGUACUGUCCGCCGUGAACACGGAGGACACCGUUUCGAGGAAAGAGAGCAGCAGCGAAUCCAUCAGACACUCCUACGACAAUUCCUGGCGACAUCGUUCCUCGUCGCAUCAACACGUGUUCACUCGCCACCAGUUCAGUACGGUACCGGAAGUCUGCGAGGAGUGCACCGACGGUAACAAUACUUCGAGCGCGUACAGCACUCAUUUCUGCGGUCGGUUGAAGGAUAAACUGAGCAGCGAAUCGACGACCGUUAGCAAAGACGCUUCUUCGCAAACCACCGACAUCGAAUCGCAGGAAUCAACGUCGACGAUCGUCAGCAAGAGUACAACGAGAAGGAAGACGACCGGUGGUCUCCGAAGUUCCGACGAGCAGAAAACGAAACAGCAAGAGAGUCGAUCGCCAACCACAGGUUCCGAGACCACCGGUGCCUUUCCUUCAGCCGAUUCGGAGAAGUCCGAUUCCUCCGCCAAGGAUGACAGCUCGAAACGUAAAUCGCGAACGGUGCACAUCGACGUCUAUUGUACCGGAUCGGACGACGAUGAAAACUCUGAUACCUCCAGCGAGAACGACCGCGAAACGCCGAUGACCGUUUUCGAGAAUCCAGACGUGAAGGUCGUUCACACUCAAGCCCCGGAUAAUGUAUUACCCCGAGGAUUUCAGGAUGAGAAAGCCUUCCUGAAACGCGCCACCGAACGACGCUGCGACAGUUUCAAAAACGCCCCCAUGAGGAUGCCUUCCAUAGCUAGCUCGAAGGGAUACGACAGCGACGAUGUUCUCAGCUCUCUCUAUCCCUCGCAGUUCAGCUCGUACAGCGCUCUCCGUGACUUGGAUUCGGCACCUUGGUCCGCCGCGUCCUCCAACGCUGGCAUUCCGUUCGACUACGACUCGACCGUCGCUACUUCACCGAAGGAUACAUUCUCCGAUAUAGACUCUCUGAUAAACAGUAGGGUAGCUUUAACGCCGUGCGACAGCUUCGAAUACGCCAGCUCCACCGACCGCGAGAGGAUACGAAGGAUGGAGGAGAUCUGGUCGAAAUCCGAAGGGCCGAUCGAACGGGAACACCUGUUGCGGAAUCGAAGGACGAGGGACCAUCCGGGGACACGCGAGGCGGAAUGGUCGUCCGCGGACAGCGGCGAAGAUUCCGACGAGAGCGGUACGGUCGGUUGGAGUUUCGUGUCCAGCGAGGAAAGCCAGAGAAUUACUAAGAAAACCUCGACCAUUCGACGAACAAGCAAAAGCGGCGAGUGUACAGAGAAGAACGUACCAGUGGAAAAGGAAACUGUACAGAGAGGUUUGCAGCCAGACCAGUCUGAUUCCACGACUCGUAGCGACAGUAUUCCUCAUCCGUAUACUUUUCGCGAGCAAUUUGGACCGUUCGUUUCGAACAGUCCGUCCCCGCUUCCGUCUAAAGUACCUUCGCGAGUUACCUCGCCGUUUAUGACGCCGCAGGGCGAGAGAACUGAUCAUAUAUUGAAAGCGUCGAUAUUUGGCUCGGUGGUGAACGCGUUUCGAAAACCGGGACAUCAUAUCGGACCAUCGAAAAAUCCCUCCUGUGCCUGCGAGCAUUGUAGGAGACAUUUCGAGGAACUGAAUUCCCGGGAACGUUCCGGUUCUGUAAGCGAUUUCGAACGACAAACGGGAUUUCGUUUACAGAGCGAGAAAAAUAUCGUUCGUCCGAUACCAAAAAAAUAGAGAUUCUUCAGAUUUCAAAGUUCUCUUUUUUAAAUACAUAUAUAUUAUAGUAUUUCUUGGUUUCGCAACGAGACUAUUAAAAAUAUUGUGAGAUUGUGUUAUGUUAUUAAUUAAACGCGUGUGUUUAAGUUAUAUAUUUAUUAAUUAAAACAUCGUAUUCCAUGUCGGUCACUUUUUUUUUAAAUUCAUAAAGAGAUCUGUUAAAAAAAAACAUUCUGCUAAGUAUCGAGCAUUUAUGUAAGCUAACAGAUACAUAUGAUAUUCAUGCUGUUCACGUUAAUAAAUAUUGAUUAUGUUAGUAA